AUUUCACUUCCUUUGAAGCGAAAAGAAAUGUCGAAAAUAUCUGAAGUAGAAACGUUAAAGAACCAAAUUAAUUAUCUCACAGAUCUUAUCAACAAUGCCAAGAAAAAAAAGCAAAGACCUAUCAAAAAUACGACCCAAACGGUACCUGUAGAGGUCAGAGGUCACCAACAGAAGGCAGGGUCACAUCAAGUACCCAGAGAGGUCAGAGGUCAUCAAAAGAAGACAGGGCCACAUCAGGUACCAGUAGAGGUCAGAGGCCACCAACAGAAGGCAAAGCCACAUCACUAUGUGAACUACACAAAGACUGAUCUACAGAGAUUAAAUAUAGGCCAGCAGCCACAUUUUCAGAAAUAUGGUCCUGAGUGUCAGAAAAUGGGGCAGAAACCUCUUAAACAGGGCAAAUAUGUCUGGACAAAAAAGUCCAGUGCAUCAGAUCAUCAUGCACAAGUGAUAGCACCAGAACAGCCAACAAGGUUGUCACAAUCUUUUAUAAAACCACAGAAACCAGGAUUAAGAUUCUCUUUACCAGUAGAAAAAGGGUCCUCAUCUACGUCCCUGCCAUUGCCACAAGGAAAUAAAGCAAACAUAUUGACUCUUCAAUCAUCAGAAGUUGCAACAGAUUUAACGACUAGGGGAAGUUUGAACUCAUCUGAAGAAAGCUGUAUCAACAACAGAAACAUUUCAAAUACAAAAACAAUGGAUGGUGCUUGUUUACAUUCUCAGUCAAUCAAAUCUAGAGAUAUUCCAAAGGAAGCAUUAAAACCUGUUUUUCCUGUACAGAAUGUCUCCACCAGUGUUGUGCAUGUGCCAACAUCAGCAGUCUCAUCAUCAAAAGCUGACAUAUCUACCUCAGGAUUAAAGAGUAUCAGAACCCAAUUACUCCAUAAAUUGAAGGGAACUGUUUCUUCAUCUAUAUCAACAAAUUCGUCUUCAACAUCAAUUAGUAAAAGCAGAUCUUCACCACAGUUCUCAAAUGAGUGUACAAGCUCGACUUAUCCACUGAUGAAAUCACAACUGUCUAAUCAAAAGAAAGCUUCUAGUAACAAAGAUGUGAUAUUAUUCACAGCCCAUUCCAAGUCACCAGAGCCAGUGGAACAAACCGAAAAAAGAAAAUUUCCUCCAGUACAAGAGAAAAUAUCUGUGAUCCCCUCUUUUCUAAGAGGUCAUUUAAAGAAAAAGUUAACAAAAGAAGUUGAGAAUGACUUAACUAUAGUGCCUAAAGUAGAGUCUGUGGUCAAGAAAUCAAAAUCUGCUCAAAAUUUGGCAUGUGUAGGAAGUGAUCAUCUUCAGUCUUCCAGGAGGCCUUCAUCAGGGGAAUUGAUUUCUCAUUCAAAAAAAGAAACUGAUGUACCUGUCAGUGUAUAUAUAGGUGCUAAAUCCUCUAAUAUGCCUUUGAAGGAAUUUUCAUCAGAUAUGUCUUCCAAUUCGUCUACAAUUGAAACAAUCUCUCAAAGCCAAGGUAGUAAACAGCCUAGUACAGGCACUGAUUCUUGCCCCUCAGGAAAGUUGGGUUCUAUUGUGGACCCUGUAAGUGAUUCCUCCGAGACAAUAAAUGCUUGCAAAACUCAACGUGUUUUGUCUGUAGAAGAUAUAAAUCUGGAAUCCAGUUCACAUGUGCAACUCUGUCCAUCAAAAGAUUCAUCGUCUGUAUGCAAAGCAUUAAAAUCUGAUCAAGUUGUUGCAUCAAAUUCAUCAAAAAUGUGGGACGCAAAUUUUGACCAGACCAAGGAAAAUCAGUUAAAGAGUAGUUCAACAGGAUCGAACUCAAGUAGUUCCAUAUUGUCCGAGAUGAAUGCUAGUUUAUUGCGUGAAGACGAAAAGUCUGUUUCAUCUGCUCCUCCAUUGAACAGUUCUGCUAUCACUGCUUCCAGUCCAUCAAAACCUAUAUCUGCCUCAUCACGUUCCCUUGUAAGAUGUACCAAAGAGACUAACAGUGCUAUUGGUAUAGGGUCCAAAAAAGAAAUGCAUAGAACAGUUCAAGUAUCGGUCACUUCAUCAGUUUCCUCACCUCAGAAAUCUAGUCAACAAUCCCCAAUUAAAACUAUCUUAUCUCCAAGUAAAACAAGCACUGUAGAAAAAAUGGACUCUCGUAAGGAUACUGUUCUUCAGCUUACUGAGAAAUUAGCAAAAACACAAGCAGAGAUUAAACGGAUGACUCGCAACAUUACAAACAGUCAAGUGACAAUGAAAUCUAUCGCUGCAAUAAAGAAAGAAAAGUCAGCACUUAAGUCACUGCCAACGAAGGCCAAGUCAUUACAAGGAAUGACGACUCAAAAAUCUUACAAAAAUGGCAGAGAAAAUUCUUCUAAGGGAUCAAAAUAUCCGUUAAAGAAAGAUUACACUUUUCCGUACAUAUCAAACAGCUCAAAAGCUCAGUCUCAAUUUAAAAGAUUUUCAACAAUGUCACAUGUCGUCUUUGAUAAAAAAUAUUCUUUAAAUAAGAAAGUAGCAAAACGUACAGACUCUGGCAGUAGCACACCUCAAACAUUAAGAUCUGUUGUAACUCCAAGUAAAACGCAGGUGGUAGCAAAAGUGAUUAAAUCAAAAUACAAACUGUGGAAAGUGACAUCUGGUGUUAAAAGUCCACUGCCACACUACAACAGCAAGCCUCCAAUCUUCUCCAGUAGGAAUUUCUCAAACAGAAGAAGGUUCUCCUUUCCUAGACACUUCAGCUACUAUGACAACAGAGGGAAAGGUCAUGGUUGGGUGAAUCGUUAUGGACAUGGUUCUUACCCACAUUUAGGAAUGAGGAAGCACCUAACGUACCCAGGAACAAGGGAUAGAUUGCGACAGUACUCGGGGCGUGGGUUUCCUAUACAUAAAGGUGUGUAUCCUGUCAUCAAUAGAGGAUUCUAUCACUCAUACUUUCCUCAGAAGGUCAAAAUGUCACACCAUCUAAGGUCAAAGGUCAUCUUUGACAAGAAAUACGUUUUGAAGAGACUGCAGUAUGACAAUAGUUCCUCUUCCAGUUUCAAAUCAGUCAAAGGAAGACCAACCAUGUCAGUUUCCUCUGGUGCUUCUGGAGUAUCAGCUUCACCAUGCCCAUCCAUCUCUACUCUACGGCCAUCUAGAGCUCCUGGGAAAUCUAGUUUUGUGGUUAUCAAUGGCAUGUUGUAUAAAUCUAGCUCCAAAAGUCUUGUCAAAACUUCCCCUGUCAAGACACCAGUAAUCAAGUCUGCAGCUUCUAGGAUAUACGAUAGUGUCAAGGCCUCCAACAUUGUGGUAAAGAAGAUGGAGCCGAAAAGUAUGAAGGUGGUAACAGUUCGUGGAGUCCAGUUCCAGAUGGAUGCCAGUGGCAAAACUCUGCGAAGGGUUCAUUCAGCAUCCAGUAAAUUAGGAAGCUCCCAUCAAUCACCUACAACAGUUAAACGUCUUGACAUUGGGGGAGUAACGUUUAUAAGGAACAGUCAAGGUGCUCUCGAGAGGGUCGGCUCUGCGAACACACGGGUUGUUGCCAACCGUGUGAUUCACAGAAGCAUUGCAGCAGCAACAGCCCUUAGACGAAAGAGGAACAACACCCAAAGCACACUCUCCAAACAGUACUGUCUCUUUUUCAACAGGUUUGGAAAGUGCAAAAGGGGCAGCAAAUGUCCCUACAUCCAUGAUCCAGACAAGGUAGCUGUCUGUACCAGGUUUCUGCGAGGGACAUGUCAAAUGACUGGCUGUCCAUUCUCACACAAAGUGGUAAAAGAGAAGAUGCCUGUCUGCUCUUAUUUCCUGCGUGGUGUCUGUAACAGAGACAACUGUCCCUACCUCCAUGUUAAGGUCAACAAAAAUGCAUCAGUCUGUCCAAACUUCCUCAAAGGAUUCUGUCCCUUAGGAGAAAAAUGUAAGAAGCAGCACACACUUGAGUGUCCAGUCUUCACCAGAACUGGCCAAUGUCCAGACCGCCACACUUGUCCAUUGAUCCACAAAACAAGGAAAGACAAGCCCAGGAGAAAGAGAUCAACAGCCGUCUCACAAAAAGAGCUGCAUCAUGUGACACUGAAAAGGACGGCAACAGACUCCGGCAAUACUGAGGAGGACAACACAUCUGGGAUUCCAUUCAAACUACAGAAACUUCCAAUAUUUAUCUCUCUCGGUAGUGAGAUUGGAAAGGAGUCAGAAACACCAGCAGAACAGGCCAUUCGCAUCAAGCCUCAGUUAUGAUGCACAAAAAAACACAGGUAACAGGUUUGCUUGGAAUCAGUGACGGUUAGUGUAUGAAUUUGUCAUAUUAAAUUGUGCUUGAUAUUGCAAGCACCUGCUGUCAGGAAGCUAUUUUUUCAUUGUUAUUGCUCUUGUCAUUGAUAACAUCCUUAAUGCAGUUUAGCUGUGAUACAAUUAGAACUUGUGAAAAUAUUUAUUUUUGGUGCUAAAGGAUAAUGGUUAAAGACCAAUAUAUAUAUUACUAUCAAUUUAAUUGUCAGUGUCAGGAGAUUAAUAUAAUGAUCUUAGCUGCAAAGACAGGCGAGUACUUGAAUCUAGUAAGCAUCACACAUUCCAAACUGAGGUGUUUUGGUAUGAAAAACCUUUUGGAGUGAAUUUCAUAUCGUUUUAAAAUUACUUGUUUUGAAGCAAAUGUAUGGUUCACAAUAUCAUUGGGUUUUUUUUCUGUUUUCAUUUUCAUCUAGAAUAGUAUCUCACAUCACAUCAAUUCUUCAAUAUUUAAAAGUUCUUGCAUACUGCAUGCUUUUAAUUUUUGCAAUGAUCUAUGAAUUGUGCAAUGGUUUUGUAAAGAUGUGAUAUUUUAAUAAAAACUAUAUUUUCAA